AUGAGCGGUACUCAAGCUGGCCCGACGGCCGUGCUGAGCAAGGCAGGCGUGCCGCUCGAGACCAAGCCUGCUGCAUCCUCCAGCCAAGUUCCAUUGAUCAGCCCGAGCGUGAUAGAUGCUCCGACUCAGAGGUUGUAUGCAGUUAGCUUCUUCAUACUGUCGCAAGCGUACAAGCUCUUCCUCGUCCUGCCAGCGCUCACGCUCGGUCAAGAAGCGCUACAAGAUGGAGCGUUGUCAAUGUUAGGCAGCGCGUCGCAGCCAAUGCUAUUUCUUCCUCAAGCAGCUCUCAUCGACUUUACGGCAAUGCUAAUCAUAUUCAAGAUGCGAAUACCGCGCUUGUCACCGCCAAAAGCACGAUGGUUGGUGAUCUUCAUCCUGUUGGAAUUCUGCAAUUACACGAUCGUGACCAAGGCAGCGUGGGUGGGAGUGUUGCUGCGGUCUUUGUUCCGUCUGCUCGCCCUGCUCAUUCCCGGGCUCGGAGGUCAAAUAUCCAAGCAGCUCGGCAUCUCUGAAAACUGGGUCAGGGUCCCAGACCUCAUCUCGCCCCAGAGCAGAAUCCUUGGCCAGCACACGAUCCACAUGCUACCGCGAAGUGCUGCGGAAAUCGUAUUGCCUGCAACGCGUCCCAGUUGCAAGUGCAUCGGGCCUCUCUCCCCACAAGUCACGAUCCCUGUUGUGUUCAACAACACGCGUCCCAGAUGGUUGCAGUACUCGAUAUCACCCUUUGGUGGCGUGGGAGACAUUCAAAUGCACAACGUGACAAUUUCAGACAAAGAUCUUCGAAAAGCCAAUCAUGCCCAGGAGCAUCCGCUCACCCCCGAGGAGGAAGAGGAGCUGGACCUUGAAGAACUUUCUGAAAUCACUGGCAAGAGCUGGAGUCCACAGUCUGCAGGGGACGAUUUCAUUUGGCGUCGGCGUCAGGCAGAAAGCCGAGGUCGAAAGGUGCUUGGACGGCGAGCUCAAGCAACAGCGCAGUAUGUCUACGACUUGGCAAUUAAGGAUGUGGGAAGGCUCACACUGGAAAGGGUCCUGGAUGGUGCACAGCGAGACGUCUUCAUCAGGAAUGAUGAUGAAAUCGUCUUUGUAGAGUGUCCAGCUGUCUCUUUGACAUCUCGAGGGCAGGACAAGCAGGAGGAAUUGCUCUUCCAUCCAAGAGGAUGGCGAAAAUUGCUGAGCCCACUGCCGACACUCGACGUAUGUCCGGCCACAGAAGUCGAAUUGAGUCUUGUUGUGCAAGGCAUCGCGCCGCUAGAAGUAACCUUCACUGAGAUCAGGACCGUCAACGGUAGACAAGAUGCGCAGCAGCGAACAAUAUCACACGUUCGCCCAUUAGGUGACGAAGAGCAAACUACCCGUUCCUGGGCCCAUGUCAGGCAAAUGGUACUUCCCUUGACCGUGCAGACGAAGCAUGCGGGAGUCUAUGAACUACAAGUCGAUCGCGUCAAGGACGGCUUCGGCAAUGUUGUGCAGGUCGAUGCACUUGCGAGCGCGGUUCAGCUGCAUUCACGUCAGUCUAUUACCGUGCACGGCCGGCCACGAGCACAGCUGCGCGGCUGCGAGCGGCCAUUUGUCAUACUCGAAGGAAAGCCACCCAAACAGCUCGGAGUCGCAAUUGACUUGGAUGAGCCAUUCUCGGCCGCUGUAUACUUUGAACCAGAGUCCUUUUCAACUGGUCAGGUCUCCACAUCUGACGUCACAGGCGCAGGUUCACGGCAGCCAGCAAUAUUCCAUGCCACAGAACCAGGUACGUACUCGAUCAAGAGCGUAAAUACCACAUUCUGUGACGGGUCGGUCGUCUCGCCAUGGACUUGCACUGUCACCAAGGUGCCCAAGCCCAAGGCAUCCAUCACACUCGACACCAUCGACGAUCAGUGCGCUGGCGCAGUAGGGGUCAAAGCACACGCUGACCUGGUGGGCACUCCGCCCUUCAAGCUCGAAUAUGAGGUGCAACUGAAUGGUCAUUCGGUGCGGCGAAUGUGGACCACGGAUCGCUCACGUGCAGAGCUCGAGUUCCCGCUGGAAAAGGAAGGGCGCGUGGAGUAUGGCUUCCUCAGCCUUGCCGACGCACAUUACCGCGAUCCCAUCCCACUCGAUGGACCUCGGAUACAAAGAAUCAUCCAUCCUCUGGCGUCUGCCUCUUUUGUCGGCCGCAGAGGCACAGUAGAGCCGGUCGUGGUGCGCAGUUGCUCUGGCGAUGUGGUCCAAGCCGAAAUCAUCUUGCAGGGCGUGGAACCUUUCGAGCUAUUCUACGAGGCGCGUACAGCUUACGGCCUAUCCACGCACUCAGCUUCUGCUCUCGCUUCAGGCCGGCACACACUCGACAUUCCCCUUGGCGACGACCUUUCCAAGAAAGGGGGCGCGAUGGUUGUCACGCUUACCAAGAUUCGCGACAGCCGUGGAUGUGAAAAGGACCUGUCGACGAAGGACCUGCGCGUGGAAGUCAAACGUCAUAAACCUACCGCGGCAUUCACGGCCAUCCAGGCGAGCGAGCGCCAGACUAAGCUCCUGGAAGGCUCAGAAGCCCGGCUUCCGAUCACGCUUACGGGCGAAGGUCCAUGGGAAGUCGUCUACACCAUGAAUGGGCAACGGGUUGAGACUACCGUCGCAAAGGCAGAUGCGGAGCUUACGGUGGAUCGACCUGGGCAAUACCGUUUACUCUCCAUCCACGAUAGUUCCUGCCCUGGCGACGUGGUCGAAUCACGUGCCGUCUGGGAUGUCUCGUGGAUCGAAAAACCGACAGUGCGCUUCGCAUCGGACGAGGGAUCGGUGCAGAGGAAUGGCUCGUUACUGCGAGCAGCUAUUUGCCGGGGCGUGCCAGACCACGUUGCAAUCCAGGCACAAGGCCAUUUCCCGGUGUCCCUGAUCUACGAAGGUCGCCUACCUGAAACACCCGGCCAUCGCCCUAUACUCCGAGAUUCGCUGACUGUGCCGCAAGAGUCCGCUUAUGUGCCGUUGCACACGGAUGAGCCUGGUUGGCACCGUUACUCGCUUAUUGGCGUUGGAGAUGCUCUCUACAGCAAUCAGGCAGGGAAAUACGGAACGCUAGAGCAAAUGGUGUUUGACAAUCCUUCAGCCACUUUUACCAGCACCAGCGCCUCAACUUUCUGCCUGCAUGACACGCUGACUUCAUCCGACAAGCCGCCCUCCUUGCAACUGCGCGGUCGGCCGCCGUUCACCGUCAAAGUCGAUGUGCAGAGUCCCUCUGCAACCAUUCAAUCAUUCUUGAUCGAUGGGAUACCGCAAGCUUCAGCCACGCUCGACCUUGCUCGGUUUGGGUUCGAAUUCAACCAGACUGGACGAUGGAGUGCUGCGAUCCGUUCCGUCCUUGAUGGCAACGGCUGCUGGACCGACUAUGAUACUCAUUCUGGUGAGGGCGAUGGGAGAAUCACAUUCGACGUCCUCGAGACGGCUGGCAUUGCAAGUGUUGGUGUCCGGGAUGAUUUUUGCGUAGGAGAAGCCAUAGAGUUCACUCUUCAGGGCUCUCCACCAUGGACGGUCGUUUACGGCUUCAAUGGACGCAACUCAUCCGCCAAGGUGCGCGAGUCGCUUUUCUCGCGCAUCGCUGAAAAGCCUGGUGUCUUGGAGAUCAAGAGCGUUGCGCACGGGGGAACCAGAUGCCGCCUAGAGAUACCAAACCCGGGGGCGAUGGGCCUUGUCAAGAGCCUUCAUGACCUGCCUUCUGUAAGGGUAGACGAGGGCAAGAAUUUCGUUCAAGACAUCGUUGAAGGCACACAAGCCGAGAUCAAGUUCCACUUCAGUGGCAAGCCCCCGUUCAGCUUUACAUACCACCGCACAGAGCCUGCCGACGCUGUCACAAAUCCACGUGUCUUGGACACACAGACGGUAACUGGUAUCCUCGAUCACGAAUACAGCAUCUAUACGUCAGAAGAGGGCACAUGGGGAGUAACGUGGUUGCAAGACCGCCAUUGUGCCGUCUCUAUCGACGGAAGUACGCGAAAGUCCCUUGGCAAGUCAAAGCUUGCCAUCUCUGCACCAUGA